AUGCGCAAGAACGCAUUUUCGCUUGUGGCGUUUGCUGCCCUUCUCUCGCCUGUCCUCGGACACUGGAACUUCGAGUCGCUCAUCGUGAACGGGAAGGACACCCAGCCCUACGAGUACGUGCGACGGACGAAGAACAGCAACGGACCCGUCGAGGAUGUCAACUCCCGGGACAUGAUCUGCAACAAGGGCGGAAUCGACGACGACGUCAUGAGCGCGACCAAGACCUACAAAGUCUCACCGGGAGACCAGGUCGGCUUCAGGGUCCGCGACAUUUGGGGCCACCCCGGCAUCCAACAGGUGUACAUGAGCAAAGCGCCAGGAACGGCUCAGUCGUACAAAGGAGACGGGGACUGGUUCAAGGUGUACUCGCUCACGACGUCCAACCUGACCGCGGAUCCGAUCUGGUGGGCCCCGUUCGUCAACAACCAGGGCAUUAAGGACUUCAGUUUCACGCUGCCCACAGACCUGCCGCCCGGCCAAUAUCUGAUGCGUGCCGAGGGUCUCGCACUCCACAGCGCAGGCACGUACGGGGGGGCUCAAUUCUACAUCGGCUGCGCGCAGCUCGAGGUGACGGGGAGCGGCAAAGGCACGCCAGGGCCGCUCGUGAAGUUUCCCGGCGCGUACACCGGCUACGAACCGGGAAUCCUGGUCGGUCUGUGGUGGCCGCCCCUGCGCAACUACACUGCCCCUGGGCCUGCCGUGUGGCCGAACAACUGCGAGGACCAUUCUCCCAAUACUCUCGGCAAACCGAGCGACGGAGAUUGUACGCCACUGGCCGCUAACGCGAGAGGGUGA